CGCAGUUGAAAUGUACUGUGCACGCCGUCGCAGUUCGGUAUGCAGUGGUAUGCACGUCUUCCUGUCCUCGUGGGGUAGUUUAAGUUAGCCGAGAAACAGUGAUACGUACGUUGUUGGGUGAAAGCAGGAGCUCCGAGCAUGUCCAAGAAGCAGGACAAGGUGGACAACGGCAUUGUCGCCGUGAAAAGCAAGUUUGACGCCGACAUCAUUCGAUUUUCUAUGAAUCGUAAUGAGCCUAUGAGUUACGAGGAAUUUGGAAAGCUAUUGGCGCAACGGCAUGAUCUGGGGGCAGAUUUCAACUUUUCAAUCUGGUACACGGAUACGGAUGGUGAUCCACUUCCUAUCAAUAAUGAUAACAAUCUGGCUAGGGCUCUAGCAAAUGCCAAGUGCCUACUCAGAAUUUUUAUACACAGGAAAGGAGAUGGAGCGUGGGAUAAUGGAUAUGGUACAAUGAAGCCGAAAAACUUGAUAUCUAGUAUUUUGGGUGGUACACCAGGGAAGCCAAAAUCUAUAGUUAUUUCAAAUCCACAUGAUUUUAGGCAGGUAUCUGCGAUUAUUGAUGUCGACAUACUGCCAGAAACUUGUCGACGUGUACGUCUAUUAAAACAUGGAUCUGAUAAACCUUUAGGAUUUUAUAUCAAAGAUGGUGAAAGCUUUCGUAUACUGCCACCAUCUGCUGGUGGGGGAAUUGAGAAAGUUCCAGGUGUAUUCAUCAGUAGAUUGGUACCAGGUGGUUUAGCAGAGAGUACAGGACUUUUAGCUGUGAAUGAUGAAGUCCUAGAAGUAAAUGGAAUAGAAGUUGCAGGCAAAACGCUUGAUCAGGUGACGGAUAUGAUGAUAGCGAAUUCUUCUAAUCUUAUCAUAACCGUCAAACCGGCGAAUCAAAGGGCAGCAUUGACCGCACCUCGCCGUGGUUCGUUUUCACGUAACAGCCAAUUAUCGUCGGGAAGUCGUCAGUCCACACAGAGUGCUGGUAGUGAUGAAGAAGCGGACGAGAUCGUCGAUCUUACAGGCAUGACAAUGCAAGACGACGCCUCAGCGUCGUCCACUCAUCACUACCACCACCACCAUCACCAUCAUCACCAAAAUUACGAUCAGGGUGUACUGCAUUUGUAGAGUAUAACGUGUCUUAUAUUUACGAAAAGUAAUACUUAAAUAAAUUUUUUUAUAUUUACGAAUUGUAAAAUAAUGGAUGUCUGAUUACGAAGUAUCGAGAUGCAAGCAUAGAAAAAUGAGGAAAAUAUAAUUUCGAAAAACAAAUUUCUGUAUAGUAUUAUAAAUUGUGUACAGUAUUAUAAUUGUGACUGAAUACUUGAAGAAAUGAUGAUACUUUUUGCGAAACCAAGGAUUAAGAGAAAUGCUUACGUUGAUACUUCGUAAUUAAUAGUCCGUUCGUCAGAACGUCGUGUAUUAGGCUACACUUCGUGGGGAAAAUAUCGUUAUAAAUUUUGAAGCCUGACAAAUAAUAUCGUGUAUCUAUUUUGUCCACUCCAUCGCGUGUUUAAACUGUUGAAGUUUUCGAAUUUUAAUUUCAUUUUUAUCUAUGUUAUCUAUUACCCAAUUGGGGCCUAAGCAUUGAAGGAUAAUGUUUUUUAGGACGGAAACGUCAGGAAUAACGAUUGUAUUUUCAUGCGUGUAUAAAUAUCGUCCUUUAUGUGCCUUCGAAGUUGAAUUAAUACGUUAGGAAUAUUACAUUCCAAUUAUAUUUACACCAUUAAAGAUAUCUAUACUGCCUUCGUAGUUACACGAGUCCAUUUUUAUAUACGCUCAAUCUCACUUUUUCUACUUAAUUCGAAAAAGAAAACAUGUACAUAUAUAAAUAUAUACAAAGAUAUAUAUAUUUAAAAUAUUCUAGAUAUUUUUCUAUUGAGUGUAUCUUUUUCGUAAUCGCAAAUCAUCACUUGGACUUCCGCAAUAAGCGUUGUUUCUAAUAGAUCAUGUUGUCCCAUUGCCAAAUUAUUAAUUGCAUCAAAUGCAUUAUCAAUUCCGCGAUCGCGCUGAGAUAUACACUUUAUAUAUUUCUUUUUAAUUUUGAUGUUCUCAUUUUAGAAUGUUCAUGCGUCACAGAUCAUGUAUAAUAUCUAAAAAGAAAUGUCUUGAAAAGAUAUUUUUCAGUAUGCAAGUUGAAGAGAGAAAGAAAGAGAGAGAAUGUCUGAAUGAGAGGAUGAACAGCAUUGUUGUAAGAUCACCCUUAAGUUUAAUCUGUACGUAUUUUAUUGCUCGAAACUCGAAAUGAGGAACUUUUGUACUUAACCAAAUAGAGUACGGACUAGACACGUUUGCAAGUACUUAUACGUCUGUACUAAGUGCUUUACUGAGCCGUAGUUGUUAUUUGAAGGGAUAUAUCAGUGCUAAAUUAGCAUUCGUGAGACGAAAUUAGAUAUAUUUUUAACGCGAUACGUCGCAUUGUAUUCCUUAGUACGGAUAAGAGGUAGCUAAUAAAUAACGAGGACGAAAAUACUUAUUAACGCUGUAAUACUUUUUAAUGGCAGCUUAUGAAAUAAAGAUAUUUUAUUGUA